UUCUGUGGUGUUACGUAGAGGCGUGCACCGUCGGAAGUGAUGUAAGAACUUGGUCGCGCGGAAGAAAGGUCAGAUCCGGUAACGGGGAGGCGUGUGCGGGAUACCGAUUAUGGACAGCCGUUUGCAGGAGAUCCGAGAGCGGCAGAAACUGCGACGGGAACUGUUAGCCCAGCAGCUAGGAGCUGAAAGCGCAGACAAUAUUGGAGCGGUCCUGAACAGUAAGGAAGAACAGAGGGAGAUUGCUGAAACCAGGGAAACUUGCAGGAGCAGACUCUUUUGGGCAACGUAUGACACAUCUGCACCAACCGCCAAGCGUAAAUUUCAAGAAGACGGGGAAGCUAGUGAAGAAGAAUUCGAAGAAUACAAAGAUGAAGUGGUGGAAGAAGAAGAAACAGAAAUGCAAUAUAAUGAGGAAAUUUAUAAGGAUUCCAGCACAUUCUUAAAGGGUACGCAAAGCCUCAAUCCACAUAAUGACUACUGCCAGCAUUUUGUGGACACAGGUCAUAGACCCCAAAACUUUAUUCGUGAUGUUGGCCUGGCAGACAGAUUUGAAGAGUACCCUAAACUCCGUGAACUGAUCAGACUGAAGGACGACCUAAUUUCCCAAACCAACACUCCCCCCAUGUAUUUACCAGCUGACCUAGAGACAUUUGAUAUUAGAGAGCUGAAAUGCAAGUUUGACGUUAUUUUGGUGGAGCCACCUUUGGAAGAAUACUACAGAGAAACUGGCGUAACAGCUGUUGAGAAGUGCUGGACAUGGGAUGAUAUCAUGAAGCUGGAAAUUGAAGAAAUUGCAGCUCCAAGAUCAUUUGUCUUCUUGUGGUGUGGUUCUGGGGAUGGUCUCGACCUUGGAAGAGUGUGCCUACGCAAGUGGGGUUUCAGGCGUUGUGAAGAUAUUUGUUGGAUCAAAACCAAUAAGAAUAAUCCUGGAAAAACGAAAACCCUGGACCCAAAGGCAGUCUUCCAACGAACAAAGGAACACUGCCUGAUGGGUAUCAGAGGAACAGUACGUAGAAGUACAGAUGGUGAUUUUAUUCAUGCAAAUGUGGACAUUGAUCUGAUUAUUACAGAAGAGCCAGAGAUUGGAAACCUUGAAAAGCCAGUGGAAAUAUUUCAUAUUAUCGAACACUUCUGUCUGGGACGAAGAAGGUUGCAUAUUUUUGGAAGGGAUAGCACAAUAAGACCAGGAUGGCUGACUGUGGGUCCUAGUCUUACAAACAGUAACUUUAAUGCUGAAGUCUAUAGCUCAUACUUCACCGGUACUAAUGUGCACCUGACUGGUUGUACAGAGGAAAUUGAGAGACUUCGCCCCAAGUCACCACCUCCGAAAUCUAAAUCUGAUAGGGGAGGUGGAGCCUCUAGAGGUGGAGGAAGAGGUGGACCUUCGGCUGCACGUGGAGAUAGAGGAAGAGAAAGAAACAGAGGAAAUUUCAGAGGAGAAAGAGGGGGAUUCCGAGGACGCGGAGGUGCCCAUAGAGGAUUUGCUCGGUGAUGGCAGUAGCCGAAAGGGGAUUCAAUUGAAAUGACAAUGGAAGCAGGAUUUCAGAAUCACAGUCUGAAUUAAUUACUGCUCUCCAAUUUUUUCUUUUAACUACUUGAUAUAUGCUAUUUAACCAGGGAGUAAUACCUCCAUAAGAACAAAACUUACACAGGUAAUGUGUACACAAGCAAUGGUUUGUGCACGUUCGUCGUGAAAAAUAUAUUGUAAUGCUCAAAGUACGAUAUAGCUUACUUUAAAUCUGAUGCAGUAAUUUAGAUUGUUUUCCAAUUUGAAACUCAUUGCAAAGUCUUUUAAAGCUGUAAAAUGUCAAACAACCUUAAAGUCCAGAAGUUAAAGAUAAUGUUUUGAGUUAAUUGUUUUGAAACUAUUUGUAUUUUGCCCUUGUCUGUUUGGCUUGAUCUUAUUAGAUGACGUAACUGUAGUGUCGGUUUCCCAGCCAGUUGGUGCAGCUCCUGUCAGACCUGUUGUAAUUGAUUAUCUAUGGUCAAGUAACAAACACUGUCAGCUUCAAUCUGAUCAGGUUGGAGGCAAGACCAUGUCCCCAAUCUUCUCCGUUCUAUUCAAAGAUGUCAAAAUUAUUGUAACCCUUUACCUUAACAAUAUGUCAGAAAAAUUAAGAUCACGUUAUAAAAGCUGUAGUCGGCUCUCAACAGAUUUUGAAUACUGCCCUGCAGGGCUCAGAUGAGAUGCAUGAUAUUGAGAAGUUUGUGCCUUGCGGUGUAAUGCUCUCACUUUCAGAGCAUCAACUUAUAAACAGACUUAAAAAUUCAAGCAUUGUUAAAUUUCAUAUACAGUCCAUUAAAGAAACAAACAAAAGUAGAA